AUGAUAGGAGUCGUGUUCUUAUCACAGACUAUAUUUGGGAUUUGGGGGAAUUGCUCUCUUCAUUAUCGUUAUAUUUUCUUUUACUUCACUGGAUGCAGAGCAAGGUCCACCGGCUUGAUUCUCAAGCACCUAACUGUAGCCAACUCCUUAGUCAUUGCCUUUAGAGGAGUCCCCCAGACAGUGGAAGCUUUUGGGUUGAAGAUUUUCCUCAGUGAUUUUGGAUGCAAACUUGUUUUUUAUGUUCUCAGACUGGGCAGAGGUGUGUCCCUUGGCACCACUUGCCUCUUGAGUGUCUUCCAGGCCAUCACCAUCAGUCCUUGGAACUCCAGGUUGGCAGAACUUAAAGUACAAGUUCUCAGGUGCACUGGUCCCUGCAUUACCGUGUUCUGGAUCCUGUACAUGCUGGUAAAUAUCAUUUUUCCCCUUUAUGUGGCGGGUAAGUGGAAUAACAAGACCAUCACAAAGAAAAAAGAUUUGGGAUUCUGCUCUGGGAUGUGGAAUGACACGAUCACGCAAUCACUCCUUGCAGCAGUUUUAACCGCUCCUGAUGUUGUGUGUUUGGGGCUCAUGAUCUGGGCCAGCAUCUACAUGGUUUUCACCCUGUACGGACAUAAGCAGCGAGUCCAACACAUUCACAGGAACGGCAUCUCCCGCAGAUCCCCCUCUGUGACUAGAGCCACCCAAAGCAUCCUUGUUCUGGUGAGCACCUUUGUAUCUUUUUACACCCUCUCCUCCAUCUUUUCAAUUGACUUGGCUCUUUCUGAUCAUCCUAGCUGGUGGCAGCUAAACAUCACUGCUAUGUUCGCCUUAUGUUUCCCAUCAGUCAGCCCCUUUCUUUUGAGUCAUGAGUCCAAAGGACUCAGGAUCUUCUCUGCCUCCUGCAGAAGGAAUGCCUAA